CCGCUCUAACGGACCUCACCAUGGACCGGACCCGGACUGGACCUUCAUCGCCUCUACAGCUCUGAGACGGACCGGCGAGUCUUCUGAGUUUCCCGCUUUCCUCCGUCUGAACCAGUUAGGCUUUUUAGCCCGAGGAAAUUCAAAUUUUAUUUCGAAUGAAUUCGAUAGUUUAGAGUUCUUUUUAAGCUCACGCUUAAGAACCGCUGAAAUAACGGUCCCACAUUCCGAGCCACGGGGCAGAACCGGAGUUUUGGAGGAAGGAGAUCUUCUGGUGGUCUUGUCCUGAAACUUUCUCAGCUCCCAUCAGCUAACGGGGAGGCUGCGGAGACAGAAUGCUGCUAUCUCCUGUCCACAUCGGCGGCCCCGGUGGUUUCGUGGUGUUUAUGUGAAGGCUAAACGCAAACAUGAUCUCGGAGGAGAGAAGCAGCCCCGUAACUAAACAAACCCUGAGCUUCCCGGUGGGUUUGCUUAUCCGUUCUCCGAAGAGGCGCCUGGCCAUGCUGGGGAGGAAACACAGCAAUGGAUCCGUGCAGUCCAACAAGUCUGACAGCACUGUCCGCUCUGCUGAGAGCGUUGGCGUUCGUCAGCCGGCCAAGAGCAAAAUUAGGCGUCACAAUAGGUUUUCCACUGUUUUCAACCACAGCCCCGACCUGUGGGACAGCGGGCACCGUGGAAAGACGAGGGGUAGCAGUAGCCUGUCUGGAGAGCUUCCGCCUGCAGACGACCCGGCUGAGCUGUCCAGCCGGUUGUCUGUUCCAGGAAUCCUGAAGAUCUUUGGUAGUGACAUCUGUCAUGGGACCCACUACAAGAGCGUACUGGCUACCACUCAGUCCAUUGCAAAGGAGCUGGUGAGGGAGGCCUUAGAGAGGUACUGUCUGGAAAAAGAAGACUCAGAUGACUAUGUGCUGUGCGACGUGAUUGGACAGACAGGGGCUGAUAACCAGUGGAAGAGAGAGUGUUUCAGAGUAGUUGGAGACAACGAGAAGCCCCUCAUGCUGCAGUCCCUUUGGAAGCCAAAGGAGGGCUUCUCCAGAAGGUUUGAGAUUCAGCGGCGAGCAACAGUUAAGGAGCAGAAUCAGAAGGACAGAGACACGAUCACAGCAGGUAUUAACGCUCAGGCUCGUAAACUUCAGAGGAACCGCUCCAGAGUUGCCUCCCUGUUUGUGGACAGCAGUGGGGAUGAUGCAGAUGGACUUGGGUUCUGGAGGAGUCUGAGUGAGAUGGAUCUGUCUGCAAUGGGGAAGGAGGCUAGCCGAGCCCAGCAGAGUGCACUCAAAGAGGACCCGGAGGCCGAGGCCGACAAGGAGGUGCUGCGACUGGGUGUGGAGAAAGAAGAGACAGAGAGCAGUGAUGACAACACCACCCAGUACUCCAUCCACCCUCCGUUUGACUUCCCGUACUUCCUGCUGCUGCAGGGCUACAACCACAGACAGGAUUUUGUCAUCUAUUUAAUGAGUGGGACCACCACCGUCUUCGGCUGCUGCAGGGAGCACAGUAACGGAGAAGACGAGGAGAGGUUAAAGGUGGACAUCCUUCUGUUUGCUCCUGAUGUGUUACCACAGCAUUGCUGUGUGCGGCGCCUAGACUCCAACUCCCAAACAUCCACAGGAAAACACAAACAAACGUUGACGAUGUUGAAGCCGCUCCACGGUGCUGCUGUGACCAGGAACGGCUUCCUGCUGAACGAGGAAGUAGAGCUAAAUCCUGGGGAUUUGAUUGGUUUAGGAAAACACUAUCUGUUUAUGUUUAAAGAUCCUAUGAGCGGAUCCGUUAACAGUCCAUCUUGGAUGUCAAGACUAUGUCCAAACUCUGACUCAUGCUCCUCAUGUGGCUCCUCUGCCCUCAUGAACGGGUUUCAGAGGAAACCAUCACCUCGUCGCUGGAGAGAUCCGGAAGGCACCCAGGCUUCGUUCAGCUACGAGCUGGAGCAGGAGGAAAGAGUCCUUCAGGAGAUCCUUGACAUGGUGGACCCCAGCAGGGAUGACCCAAAGCUGAUGCCUGCUUUCCUCCUGAUCCUCUGCAUUCAGCACUCGGCGUCCACGUUUGAGUUAGUCCACUUCAGACAGCUGCUGCUCAGGAUAGCCAGUCAGAUCCAGCUUGUUGCGUGGGAGGAGACGAAGAAACUCGCUGCCAUCCAGCCAGAAACGAGCUCAGGUGAAGGACAGCCUGAGCAUCUCCACCUUCUCAACAUGGAGGAGCUGAUCCCAGGUCUGCAGCCAUUGGUCCUGUGGAUGGCCAACUCCAUCGAGCUGCUGCACUUCAUCCAGCAGGAGGUCCCUCAGCUGCUGCCUGACAGGCAGGAGCUCCAGGAUAAAGACCUGCUGUACUCCGAGAUGUCCUCCACCUGCACCGCCUGUGAGGAAGCCAUGACGGUUUUGGAGGAGGUCAUCAUGUUCACCUUCCAGCAGUCUGUUUACUAUCUAACAAAGAGUAUGUACUCAGCCCUGUCCGGUCUGCUGGAUGGGAAUCCCUUCUCAGAGCGAGGUCAGCUACGAGUUCCAGAGGGGCUCAGCAGCAUCUUGGAGGUGCUAAAGGAGGCGCUGAAGCUCCUCACCACCUUCCAGGUGCACCCAGACAUCUCCUUACAGCUCUGCGCCUACCUGUUCUUCUUCAUCAACGCAUCGCUGUUCAACACCCUGAUGGAAAGAGGUUCUGUGGCCGGGUUCUACCAGUGGUCCCGUGGUGUGCAGAUCCGAGCCAACCUUGACAUGCUGAUGGACUGGAGUCAGAGCAUCGGCCUGGGAGAUUUAGCCUCGGAGUUCCUCCAGAAGUUCUCUGCUGCUGUCAACCUGCUGGCCACACCCAAAGAGACCCUUCUGCAGGCGUCCUGGACCUCUCUCAGGAUGGAGUUCGCCGCUCUGAGCCCGCCCCAGCUUCACCACAUGCUGAGGGAGUACAGCGCCGGUAAGGCCUGUCCCGCUGAGUGGAGUCCGUCUCCAGAGGACACAGAGGACACCCUCAGGACAGGAGACAUCCUGGAGAGUUUUGACAACCACCCGCCACUCAUCCUGCCCAGCAGCACCUUCCACCUGGAGCUCAGUAAACCCACCGUGGAGCCGGCUCUGUUUCAACAGCUCGCUCGUCUGCAGGACUUCGUGGGUCGGCUGCAUCGCAGUGAAACUCUAGCCGGACAGGAUGGAGGCAAACAUGUUCCUAAUGGUCUGUCGGCCCACCAGGUGGUCUCUGGGCCUUCUGCUGGCCCCUGCCCUGAGGGAGAGCAGGACCGGGCCCCUCCUGCAGAACCAGCUCAGGCCCGAGGAUCUCAUGGUGACCUGAGCAGCUCUGAAGCUGUGCUUACCCAGAAGCUGAAGAACCUGGAGCUUCAGAACACGCUUCCUAGACGGGCUGACACGGGCUACCACAAGAGCCUGGCUCUGGACCCGUCCUGCCUGCUCACCCCGCCCAACACCCCCCAAGGGAUGGACCUCUCUGAGCUGGAAGCUGAUCUACAGGAGGGCGCCCGACAGCUGAGGAAAGCCAGUGAGAGCAGGACAGGAAGUGUGGACGAAGACAAAGAGGAAGUGUUCACAGUAGAGAUCCAUCGAGGACCACACGGUCUCGGACUGGCUCUAGUAGAUGGAAUGAGAACUCCUCUGCAGAUGUAUGGCAUCUACGUGAAGUCCGUGGUUCCAGACUCCCCGGCUGCUCGGUGUCAGAAACUCAGAACUGGGGACCGAAUUCUGGCUGUGAACGGAGUCAGCCUGGUCGGGAUGGAGUACAACGUUGGUAGAGAGCUGAUUCGAUCAUCGGGUGACUCUCUCAGGCUGUUGGUCGCCAAGAUGGACAUGAAAGCGGGCAGCGAGAUGUCAUCUACAACCAAGUGCUGAAGUCGUGCUGGUGGAUGACCAGGAAGUGGAAUACUGGAGGAAUAUUUCACCCAGGACCAAAGAAAACCACCUUCCUGCUCGUCACUUUGGCUUUCUGAGGAUCUGACCCCCCUCUGAGACUAAACCAGACAGGAGGCGUUCUGCUGCCAGACAUAGGAAACGGUUUUACGUGCUGCCUCUGUAAAAACAUCAGAGAACCAGCCCCUUCUGGCUCCAGCUGCAAUCACCUACAGACUCUUUCAUUUACUGUUCCGUAAAACAAAAGUGGAACUACGUUCCACCAAGCGUUGUUUUAUUCACCAGUUAUAAAGCUUUAAAGGAUAUUCCUGCCUCUUAAGUGCAGAAACAGCAUUAUUUAAUCUGUUCUUAGCGGUUUUAAAAACAAGCAAAACCAAAAACAGUUGGUCGUUUACAGAGCAUUACUAAUGUCAACAAGUAAAAUGUUGAUUUAUCUCACUGCAGGAGCUUUGUCUGACUGGUCCCAGAACAGCUGUUUCCUGUUUCUCCAGAUCUGAUCAAAUGUUUCAGCUAAAUGGUCUGGUGUGUUGGUGUGUUUCUGCUUCAGAGUCUACGGCCAAACAACCAUCAGAGGUUAAAGUUUCUUUCACAGGAAACACAACAAACAGCUUUGAAAUAAAUCUGGUUUAAAGUCACAAAAAUCUGUAGCUAGUUGUGAUUGCUUGUUUUGUUUCAAUACCAAAGAAAGUUUGCAUGUUCGGUUCUUGAGUUGGAGGAACCCAGAGCCUUAUCUGGAACCAGAGAAGAGCCACACCUCUAGAAGUAAAUGUUUGGGUUUUCAUGUUAGUGACGACCGCAGCCUGCUAUCAAAACACGGGUGCUCAGCAGUGCUGCUGGUCUGAAACACGUCACGCUGUGUCAGCUGUUCAUGACACUAAUGUAGCAGUUAAAUAUAUUAAAUCUGCUCUGAAAGGUUUUCUGUCAGCUGAUCUGGAAGCAGCUGAUGAAUAAAACAUGAGCUGGCAACUUUAAGGAGCUGCUGGGAGUUUUUGUAAACUGUUGAAGUUUGAAUGUUUUGUAAUAUUUAUAUUGUUCAGCAUGUUGGAGUUGAAUAAAUCUCACUUUGACUUUGAA